AUGCUUAAAGCUUUGGCAUUGGUUUUAACAAUUGGAUACUCCUUAGGAGCGCCAGUUGAAGUUCAAGAUGAAACACUUGGAUUCACUGCUAAAUUCGAGUGGCCAUGUGAAAGUUCUAUGAAUAUCUACAAAAGUUUUGAUAAAUUUAUUAACAAGAAUAUAAUUGCUACCAGGGCUGUUAUUUACAAAGACAGCGCUAUUCUUGCUUUUCCCAGAUUCAAAUCUGGAGUUCCCGUAACUUUGGGAAAAUUAUCCCUAUCAAACAACGGAGAACCUCCGAAAAUCGGCGCAUAUCCUUGCUGGUCAAUGCAAGAAGAAGGAAACUGCGCGUCUUUGCAAAACGUCGUAGAUAUUUUCGUCGACCAGCAAGGAAUUCUCUGGGUUCUGGAUACCGGAGUCGUAAACACUUUGGAGAAACCAGUACGCAAGUGCCCGCCGAAAGUUGUCGCAUUCAAUCUAAAUACCGAUAAGCUUAUUAAAGUAAUCGACCUGGCCCGUUUGACAACAGAAGCUUCCCGUCUCCAAUAUCUCCUAACAGACUACGCCGAAAAUGGUCAUAUCUACGUUUACAUAACAGACGCGGAAUCCGGAGCCAUUUUAGUUCAUGACGUAACGACCGGACAAAGUCACAAAGUCAGUUUGCCUCCACAGGUAAUGGAGAAAAUUCCAAAGCGCGAUGUGAUGACGCCGAUUCUGAUCCACCGAGCUGAUGGAACUACAUGUAUCGUCUUCACUUAUCUCAGUGACGUAAAUAUCUACACCGUUAGCACCAAAUCUCUCCAGAAUGUCCAGAGUUCGGUGAAAUUCCACGUGAUUGGUCAGAAAAAGGCCAAGAUUGUCGUCCUAGGAUCUGACAAUGGAACCGCAAUGUUUUUCCGCUAUGAAGGUCAACCUGAUAUCUAUCGGUGGGAUACCCGCUACAUAUUUACAGAUGAAAAUAUCAUCAAAGUUUAUUCCGGGGACGACGCGAUGUUUGCAACUCACGUCGCUCCGGAUUACAACUCAGAAAGGAUCAGAGUCCUCGAGUCAAAUUUUCCAGAUUUCAUCCAAGGCAAAGUUGGCUGUGGUGUUGAACACACCUUCAAUAUUAUUUUAUUUAUUUCUUCAAUGAUAACAAUCAUAUCGCAACUCAAUGUGAAAGUAGUUCUUACUGUAUAA